AUGGACGAGCAAGGCCCAGCGGUAAAGCCCAUCGCGAUCAAGUUCUCGAGCUGCCGAGGCGUUGCCUUUGAGAUCAAGCCCUCACCGGCCAGCCCCUUCGCUCUAGACUCCAACGCCGGCCGAUGGGUCUGGUUCCCUCCGCCGUUCAACCGCCAACACACCUCCACGACCUUCCGCUCGGCGCACAGCCGUGCAACGAGCAGCCACUUCUGCGACCUAGACGAGGAAACGGACGAUGAGGACACGGACGACGACGAGUCCGUUGCAGCCGACGAGGACGAGGAGAUGGCCCUUGCAUCCGACGUGCGGAGCUGCCGGAGCAGGAGGUCUCUCACGUCGUCGGCCAAGCCUGUGAGGGCGGCGGCGAAAGGGCACUCUCGGCUCGGCGUCAUACUCCUCGACCAGGGCCUGUUCACCGUGUACAAGCGCCUCUUCGUGCUCUGCGUCGUGCUCAACGCGACGGGGCUCGCUACCGCGGCCACCGGCCACUUCCCUUACGCCAAGCGUCACGCCGCCCUGUUCGCCAUGGGGAACAUACUGGCGCUAACGCUGUGCCGCUCUGAAGCGGUGCUGCGGGGAGUCUUCUGGCUCGCGGUCGCUCUUCUCGGGCGGCCAUGGGUGCCUGUCGUCAUCAAGACAGGCGUCACGGCGAUCCUCCAGUCCGUCGGCGGCGUCCACAGCGGCUGCGGCGUGUCUUCGCUGGCGUGGCUGGUUUACGCGCUCGUGCAGGCGCUCGAGGAUCGCCCCGUGACGCCCCGCGAGAUCGUGGGCGUCGCGUCCGCUAUACUCGCGCUCCUGGCGCUCUCGUGCAUGGCGGCGUUCCCGCUCGUGCGCCACCUCCACCACAACGUGUUCGAGCGCACGCACCGAUUCGCCGGCUGGGCCGCGCUCGUGCUCCUCUGGGCCUUCGUCGUGCUCUCAGCCGGCUACGACCCGACGAACAGAUCAUAUUCUGGUAUCAGCUUUCUCUCCCUCGCUAAGCGCCAGGAGCUAUGGCUCGCGGCCGUCAUCACCUUCUUCACCUUCCUCCCGUGGCUCACCGUGCGCCGUGUACCGGCCACGGUCACCGCGCCGUCUACCCAUGCAUCCAUCAUAACCUUUCAGGGCGGCGUCAAGGCCGGCCUUCUCGGCCGCAUCAGCCGCUCGCCGCUCUCCGAGUGGCACGCCUUCGGCAUCAUCUCCGACGAUGGGGAGGCACAUGCCAUGCUCGCUGGCGCUGUCGGCGACUUCACCCGAGGCCUCGUCUCGGACCCGCCCAGCCACCUGUGGGUGCGUCGAGUCCACUUCGCCGGCCUGCCCUACCUCAUCAGCAUGUACCGGAGAGUAACAAUGGUCGCCACAGGCUCCGGCAUAUGCGUGUUCAUGUCGUUCCUGCUGCAGCCAAGCUCGGCGGAGGUAUCCCUUGUGUGGGUGGCCAAGGAGAUCGACGCCAACUACGGCGAGGGGAUGAGUGCCAUGGUAAUGAGCAACAAGAUCCUUGGAGGGCGUGUGGUCGUGCAUGACACGGCGACCAUGGGGCGGCCGAACGUGGCGGAGCUAGCCGUUGGCGCGGCGCGACGGUGGAACGCGGAGGUGGUGAUAGUGACCAGCAACCCUGAGGGUAGCAGGGACGUCGUGAGCGGGUGCAAGAAGGCCGGCAUCUCGGCGUUUGGUCCUAUCUGGGAUUCUUGA